GCAGUGCGUGUCGCUCUGAGCGACAGCUGAGAGGCACGUGCAGGAAGGUCUUGUACUUGAAGCUCGCUGUAACUUCGCUAUGCUCUCUGUAUUGGUGAAACUCUUUUAAUCAGACCGAUGAACUGCACCAGGGUCUGCCAUAUCUUUGAUACCAGAUCGUUGCCAGCUGUGUCUAUUAUGCCAGUUGAUAUAGCCAUGAGACUCUGUUUGGCCCAUUCUCCACCCAUGAGGAAUUUCCUUGGCCCCUAUGACCCUUACGGUGGGCUGAACAUCACCAACAGGCUAAAGCCCUUGCGGCCCUGCAUCAUUCUGAAGGGUGGCACUGACUCUUGUAAUGAAGGCUGGGCUCAAUCCAAAGGCAAGAGAAAGAAAACUGUGGCAUUUGCGGAUGAUAAAGGUUUGUCUCUCACUGCAGUUCACUUUUUCUCCGAAUGUGAAGACUCAUUCGCUGAACUACAGUUUGACCUGACAGAUCUUGACAACACAACAUGUGGACUGAAAGUAAAUGAAAGAAAGCCCUUGGUCCUGGACUUCGCUCUGCCGUCUGCGGACUACCUGGAAUUCCGAAAUCGCCUGAAGAAGAAUUUUGUCUGUCUCGAAAAUUGCACUCUGCGGGAGAAAUUCAUUGCUGGCACUGUCACAGUGAGGAAUCUAAGUUACCACAAAGUAGUUCAAAUCCGGAUAACAUUCGACACUUGGAAGAGUUAUAAGGAUGUGGACUGUACAUUUCUAAACAAUAUUUAUGGCUGUUCUGAAACAGACACAUUUUCUUUUGCUAUUGAUCUGCCAUCAUCCUUACUGCCACAGGAGAGAAUAGAGUUCUGCAUCUCCUUUAAGUGUGGAGAUCAACUCUUUUGGGACAACAACGAAGGGAUGAAUUACGGCAUUGUUCACGCUGAAUGGAAACCUGACGGGACUCGGGCUCCGAUCAUCUUCAAGGACGAGAUGACCAAGGUCCCUGGGAAGUUGCAGAUGAUUGAAUGUGACCAGUUCGGAAGUCCCCGAUCAUCGAGUGGGCCGUUUCCUGAAUGGCAGAGCUGGGGCAAGAUCGAGACGGCUCUGCCGUACUGGUGACAGAUGUUAGUGUUGCUGUAUUGUUUGGUGGAGAGUUGCCUCAAUUUCCAUAUUAAACUUAUGAAAACCCCCAUGUUGUGGAUCUGUCAAGUCCCCUGCUUAAUGAAUAAUCAACUUCACUUUUUUUUUCAAAGAGCUCCCCUUUGUGACUAUUAAUUUUCUGUUUUGCUCCUGUAUACUAUUGGAUCAUUCUCAAAAUAGAUUAGUGGCUGACACACAAGUGCAUGAGACAAACACCAGUUACUAAUGUGGAUAAUUAGUUUCCAAAAGAUGAAAGUUCAUAUUGGAUCCUUGAGGCUCUGGUGAUGACACUAAUUUCUGGAAUUGUGGUAUUUUGUGCCAUGCUUGCUAUAUUUUUGACCAUGUUGAUUUUUUUUGGAAACUAAAGAAUUGCAUAGGAUAAAGUAGAGCACUUAACGCAUUGUGAAUGAAGAUGGACUGUAAACCUUUUAUCUGACUUCCAGUCCAUAUUAGUAGGACAGGUAACUUGCAAGCACUAACUCAGUGAUCAUAUUUGCUUUGAUUAGCUAUGGGCAUGUGGCCGACGAAAUUAGGUAGCAGUCAGAAAUCCAUUGCACAUUGUAUAGCUAAUGAGUGCCUUUUGUUGACUAAAUAGCAUCCCUGGAUGCUAAGAUACAGGCUACCAAAUCGAACUUGAUGUGGCAAUGAGAAGCUGAGACUUGUUCAAAGUAACUAUUCAUUUGGCUGAGUUUAUAAGCUGGCUGUAAACCCUUCUGAUUUUCCUUUAGAGCUAAACUGAUAAGUUGGCGUUUAGCAUUAUACUCUUGAAAUGUUCAUUUUUAUUUUUUCCCCUAAAAUGUUUUACCAGUUAAACAUCAAGGUUUGUCAUUUAUUUAUGAACAUUUUAGUUCUGUUUUUAGCUAAUCUUAAGCACUUAUUUUUGCAAUUGCAGGUGUGAGGAAACCUGACAAUCAAGGCCUAUUUCUAAAUAACAGUAUGCUUUUGUAGCAAUGCUUUUAAACAGCCUACAUUAUAAUCUUUUGCACUGCUCUUUUUUAAAAUGUGACCGACACUUUAUUUUUUUCUAAUUAUAUGUACAUAUACAGCUAUAUGAGGCACUCUUAGAAGUGAUCCUUCAUAUUGAAGGCUAGAAAAUUAACUUGUAUUUGGGUACAAAUGGGUUCAUAACUAGAAAAUAAUAAAUUUCUGGAGGCUGCAAAAUUUGAUUUGAAGGGUCUGGGUCCCUUUGUCCUCUUGGUAUUCUGUAAUCUUAUAGCUCCCUGGAACUGACACUUGACAUUUGCAGGAAGCAUUGUCUUACAGCUGUAAGCAGUAAAUUCAAAAUUUUGCUACUGUCUAAUUUUUUUCAAGUCAUUAAUACAGCAACAUGAUCACAACAUAAACUCGGAGAGAGGCCAUUUGAUUCAUAUUAUCUCCUCAAUCUAAAAGAAAGCUUGCUAUUCCAUCCCCUUCCCUAUGCAACACAGUGGUAACUGUAUCGCAAAUGACAAUGGUCUGCUUCCAUUACCUAUCUGGAAAUCUACCCAAAUUGGUAAUAAACCUUUUUAAGAACUAAGAUCAGUCCUAAAUUUCCAAUUUUUUUUUGUCAAUGAGCAUAGGCCCCUGUCUUUUACGAUUAACCAUGAAGCUUUUAUUUUUACAUCCUAUUUAAUCAGAUUCCCUCUUGGCAUUCCUCUUUCGCUUCUAUAGUAUCCUGGUUUCACCAGUCUUUCAUGAACCUGUGCCCAGACACAAGAUUCAGUCUCAUGGUUGUUCCUUAUACUGUCUUAGGGGUACGAAUGUUUCUGAGCUGCUAGUAUGCCCGUCAAGUCUUAAGGUUCCCAUUCUGUUUAGGUAUUGUGCCUUUGCCUAUACUACCCCUUUUGACCCCAAAAUGGUCAGUGAUAUGCAAUUGCUAUUGCUUUUACACCAGCUUGGCCCUCUUGGUAAAUAACUAUUUCGUCAAAUGCAUGAAGUGAGUCGGGAAACAUCGCUUUUCAUCCCUAUCAUUAAGGCAAUGCAUCCAAUUCAGAUUCUCAUGCUGCCAUGGUGAGAUUUGUACCUGCACUGUACCACUGGAUUAUUAGUCUGGUAAUAUUAAUCACUACACUACUGUGUUGCCCUAAGGUAUAGAGAGCAUCCUGCACUUGGUAAAAAUGAGGUUACCAAGGAAAAUGGAGGAUGUUAAAUACCUGGCAUGCUAAUGCAAAAAAAAAUUCAUGCCACUGGCUUUGUUUUUGGACAGUUGACUCUAAACUGGUCUUUGAAGUGGCCUAUCAAGGCACUCUGCAUCAAAGCAGUCAAGAUGGGCAGUAAUGCUGUUCUUGCCAGCAGUACCCACAUCCCAAGAAUGAAUAUAAUAUAAUUAAUCCCAUACUGGACUGUUGACAGCGCUUCUGCCUUUCUUUUAAAACCUUGUUUCCUUUUGUUGCAUGCGGCUAUAUUUUUUGAGUAGCAAAUUUUCUGUGAUAGAUCUGUACCCUUGUUCCAAUUACAUCCAUUGACAACCUUGACUACCUCUUCCUUUUGAUUUUUGAACUCCUCUUGCAGAGCCUGAUACUGGUUUGUGAAAGUAACUUGCUGAUUAACAUUUGACAUUAUUACCUGUCUUCUGCUCCUACCUUGACCCAUCCCUGUGCCCAACUUGUUGAUGACUCCAUAUUUGGUUAUGUUGAUAACCUCUUCAAACUUUGGCUUUCCCUCUGAAUCUAUUUCAUUGGCAUACAAUUCCCUCUGAAUCCAUUUCAUUGGUGUACAGUAACUCCCCCUAUAAGCCCAGUACUAGCCAUUCCCUUUAUAUCCCUGUGUAAAUUGCUGUACUUCCUUUUGAGACCGUAGUCCUAUCCUUGAGUGCUGAUCAAUAAACCAAUAUUACAAUACUUUUGCUUUUAUUAUACCUAAGUUGAGUACCACAAAGAGCACCUUUUUGCCUUUAUUGUCUGCUUUAGCAUUACUUUACCUUUGUGCUCUUUGAAGUUUUUGCCUAGAUUACUCAACUGACACUGGAGUUUAAUGUGAUUGUGGUGGUGUUUGAACUGUGAGCGUGUGAACUCUGUUCUGACUGCGUGCUUUAGAAUAAAAGGACAGUUAUCGAAGGAAGAUGUGAAAGGGUGUCAAGACUGGUUAACAUGGUAUCUAUAAUUACUGAAAUAUUUUUGUAUUAAGAUUUGUUGGUGUAAAUUUGGAUUCUUUAAGGAAGAGGAAAAGUCUAAGGGGAGUAUCUUUUACUCAAGUACUUCGUCAUUCAAUAGAAGAAAAUAUUAAGAAAACUACAACUUCAACAAAAUAAAAUCACCCACUUACCUCCUGCCCUAAGUUGGCUUUCUCUCUGUUGAUUGGCUGCUUUAGUGACAUUAGAAUCGGCAGAAGGGGGAAUUUCAAACCUACUUGAUGGUUUCAAUGGUAAUAAAUUUUUAAUUUGCUAAACUCUACUGAGGCUAAUUCCAUUCUAAGAAAGAGAGAAGUGCUUUGAGUAAUAAUUAUUCUCUCCAGACUUUCCUUUUUUAAGUUGUAAUAAAGAAAAAUAAAUGCUUUAUAUUGUAAAA